AUGGCGUCCGACGGCGCCACGCCCGCGGAGGCGUCGCAGCGCGCCAAGGGGGAGCUGUCGUACCACUACUGGCACGGGAAGAACGCGGGGGAGGCGCCGAAGGCGGAGGCGAAGCGCAUCACGUCGGAGGAGGCGGAGGCGCUGUCGAGACAGGUGUCGUCGACGCAGAUCAGCGCGUGGAACGCGGCGGGGACGUGGGAAGAACGCGGACACACUAUUUGGGCCAAGGCUCGAAUUGAGGAGCUGGUGACGGAGAACGGGACGUUCGAACUCGUGGGUGGAAAUGGGAUCGAUGCCGAUGCGCGAGUGAGGAUCGUCGGGGUGAAAUCGUGCGAGGGCGACGCGAGCGUGGUUAUGAUUCGAGGCAAGCCGAGACGCGGGUUCGAUUUCGAGUUGACGCUGAAUUGGGAGGCCGCGUUCGCGAGCGGUGGCGGUGAUGAUGAACAAGAGGUGAUCAUCAAGGGCACGGUUCACGUACCAGAGUUCUCGAGGGACGGCGUCGAGGAUGAGGAGUGCGCGUGCGAGGUCAAGGUGAGCGACCGAAACAGCGAGCACGCGCCGCGAGAGAAUGCGUGUGUGGCGACUUUGAAGAAGCGAUGCGAGGACUUCCUCGUCAGGACGCUCAUGACGAUCGAUAGCGAGCUCGAAGAGCGCGCCUCGAAGUGA